AGUUGGUAAAAAAUAAAAAAAAAAUCAAAAGAACGAAAUGAUGAAAGGUGGUGGUGAUGAGUUGGAGGUGCGAUUUGAUAACUUGAUGGUGGGAGUGGGGAGAGUGAUCAGAGAUUGGAACGAGAUACCAAUGGAGCUAUUGUUAAGGAUUGUGUCGUUGUUGGAUGAUCAUCGUACGGUGGUUGUUGCUUCUGCUGUUUGUCUUGGUUGGAGACAUGCUUUGUCUUCAGGGCUUACUCAUUUCUCAUUCUCUUGGUGCAAAAACAACAUGAAUAACUUGGUGAAUUCUCUUGCUCCCAAGUUCAAAAACUUGAGGUCUCUGAGUCUUCGUCAAGAUAAACCACAGUUAUAUGAUAAUGCCUUAGAGACGAUUGCAAAUAACUGUCACGACUUGGAGGAUCUUGACCUCAGCAAGAGCUUUAAACUCACCGAUCAAUCUUUGUAUGCUUUGGCUCAUGGUUGUCCAAACCUUGUGAAGCUCAACGUCAGUGGAUGCUCUUCAUUUAGUGAUAAUGCCCUUGCGGAUCUCAGUGGUUAUUGUAGAAAAUUAAAAGUCUUGAAUCUUUGUGGAUGCGUUAAAGGUGCAUCUGAUAGUGCCUUGAAGGCAAUCGGAUAUAACUGCAGUCAACUCCAGUCAUUGAAUCUGGGAUGGUGUGAGGAUGUUGGCGAUGCUGGAGUAAUGAGUUUAGCAUAUGGCUGCCCUGAUCUUCGUGCACUUGACUUGUGUGGUUGUGUUCUUAUUACAGAUGAAAGUGUGAUAGCCCUGGCAAAUAACUGCUUACAUUUGAGUUCUCUGGGUCUCUACUACUGUCAAAAUCUCACAGAUCGGGCUAUAUACGCUUUGGCACAAAGUCGACUUAAGAACAAGAACCAGGUGUGGGAUUCGGUUAAAAGCAGCAGUUACAAGGAUGAAGGGCUCAUGAAACUGAACAUCAGUCAAUGCACCGCCUUAACGCCACCUGCUGUUCAGGCACUAUGUGAUUCAUUUCCUGCACUCCAUACAUGCCCCGGUAGGCACUCUCUCAUUAUAAGUGGAUGCUUGAAUUUAACUUCCGUCCAUUGUGCAUGUGCUUUUCAAGCACAUCGGGCAGUCAAGACAGUUACUCAUCAAGCAUAUUGAGAAGAAGAUGGUCAUAUGUUUCAGCGGGGUUCAGUUCUUGUUUUAGGGAGAACUAUGUACAUAGUUUAUGUUUAGCGAACUUUCAACUUAAUCGACUUCUGAACAUUUCAGAACAAAUGGAAGUCUGUUAACUUUUUUUAUUUUCAAAUGCGGCUUGUCAUGGUGUUUCUUCUCCA